AUGUUGGGCGUGCAGCUGAGCGUUAUAUCCCCGCGAGAUCUUGAACCACUGCGUAUGUUAUAUCGCACGGCACUCAAUGAAAAUGCGGCCAUUGAAAAUCUGGAAGUGAUGACAAAGGAUGGACAGUUGGUUAUGUUCUGCUUGCCUUCGCGCGUGCUUGAGUUUUUAGCGGAGCAGUUGGCCCCCCUCCCCCAUGUACAUACGACAAAGCCACCAGUGAAUAACAAACCAGGAACCAGCACGAGCGCACAUCCUGCCGGUGCUAACAACGCCACCACAAACACGAAUCCGAAAUCAAACGGCUUCACGCCGGCGGGUAGGGGCGCCAACUACAACGCGGAUGCAACCGCUAUUCCGAAUGCGAAUGCGAUGAACAAUGGUAAAGGUCCUGUGAAUCUACUGUCACCGGGGCCAGGGAUGCCAUUCCAACCUACCCCCUCUCCCACACAAGCAAAUAAUGCGAGUUCACUACACUGGAAUGGCACCCUUCGGUGGAAUCAAAUAGAAUACCCACACAUGUGUGCGCUAUCUGCGAGGUUCGUGAACGGAGCGAAGAAUACUCAGGCAUUUCCGUUGGACCGAUUGCCCCAAAAUCUAGAGAUAACGACGGUGCAUGCGAGAGAUCAAUUGGGGAUCGAACCGCAAGCAGAGUUGAAAGCAAAUGGUUUUAUAGUUAUGCACGGUUUAUCCACGAUUCCUCCGGAGGAGAAAAGGGUAAAUGAUCUACGGCUGGAGACUAUAAAGUCUCGCUUAAGUGUCAAUGAUUGCUAUGGAUACGUGCAGUUGCCUGCCAAUCCAGAGAACAAGGACUUGUUGAUUCUUGCGUUACUCGCCGGAGGUAGACUAAACUUAUUCGGGCUGGUGAUACCGAGUUUAAAUAGUGGGCAGUCUAUCUUCAGGACUGCUAAUAUGGUUACGCCUCAACAAAUAGGUACACAGGGCACCAUGGGGAUGUCACCAACGUUGGGACUUGCACGUGGCCAACAGACACCCACGCCGGCACAAACGCAGGCGCACACACAAGCACAGGUACAGGCGCAGGCGCAAAUGCUGCAUAAUAGGCAAAUGGGAAGUCCAAUGACGAGUAAUCAGGCAACACAGCAACAACAUCAGCAGCAACAGCAGCAGAUGAUGUACGGUAGACACAUGCAGUAAAGUAUAAUCUAAUUAGGUAGUAUAUCUUGUCCACAUAAAUUUUUUUUGGAAUC